AUUGCAAAAAAAAUUUGUAUUUUUACUACAAAUGUAUCAAUAGGAAAUUAAAGAAUAGAUUAGGUGGCCAAAACUCUAACCAUUUAAGGAAUAAUCUGUUUGUAAUUACACUAUUUCUGUACCGUCUUAGAUUUUUUUUACUGUGCAGGAAUAUAUCUGCAGGCUUAAAGAAAAAGUCUUGUGUUUAUUAAAAGAAUUUUCAUGAAAAUAAAUAUUGGUAGACAUUAAAUUAAUUCAACUUUCUGUAACUUAUUAAGCCGGAAAGCACAAUUUUACAUUAUAUCCUCCUUAAUGCUUGUACGUUUGUUCAAACGGUUCCUCUUACUGCUAUUGUUGGCACACUGCCCUUUUAUCGCUCGUUGGAGUAAUUUCGUUGUCGACGCCACUAUUGUUGUUGUGGCAACUAAUGUAACGUAUCAAGAUCGAAUCGCUGCGUUUGGGCCACGGCUUACUGAUGAAGGUCUUCUCGGAUACCUUGUUUCAGUAGAGAUGAUUGAAGCUAAUAAUCAGAAGGGCUGUAGCAAGCUGAAAAGAAAAGCCCCUACUGAACAAUGGAUUGCACUUGUAGAACGCGGACAAUGCACUUUCAUUGAAAAGGUUCGAAACAUGCAGGCAUCAGGAGCUAUUGCAGUAGUUGUAGGAGACAACGAGAAAAACGGGUUGAUAACCAUGUAUGCCACUGGGGAUACUUCUGAUGUGAAUAUUCCUUCUGUGUUUAUUGCGCAGACUGAAUAUAAAGAUUUAAGAUCUUCAUCCUUAAAACCAGUAGAAGUACACCUAGUAAAAGAUAACCUUUUACAGUGGCCUUUACUUGAUGUAAUUAUUGUUGUAAUUCUUUCACCAACAGUAAUGAUGAUCUUUAUUUAUGUUUUAUGGCGUAUCCGCCAACGUCAAAGGCGUAAACAAGAUAUAGCACCUCAGCAAGUUGUUGGAAACUUGGCAACGAAAAUAUUUUUUGAAUCAAAGAGACAAGAAAAUGAACCACAAGAAUGUGCUAUUUGUUUGGAAGACUAUGCUGAUGGGGAUGAGUUAAGAAUUCUACCAUGCAAACACGAAUUCCAUAUCACGUGUAUUGACAGUUGGUUGACAACAAGAAAGAAAUUCUGCCCCAUCUGUAAACGUGACAUUUGUUCACCAACCGAGGAAACUCCUUUGUUAUCAAAUCAUGAACCAACACCAUGAUAAUUAUAUUUUAAUAUGGUUUAUAUUAAUAUUUUAACAAUAAUUUUUGCGUAGAUUGAAAUUAUAAGCCUCGGAGAUUAAUCAUCAUUCCGUAAGAUGAUCAAAGUUUGUAAAUUAUUAGGGUUUGGCUUUUACUGAUACUUUUGAUAACUUUCAAUUCAGCAAAUAUUGUGUAUUAUACAAAUGUAUUUUUUAAAUUCUGAAGCUAACCUAUUCUUUCAGCAACCUUUUUUUUUUAUUUGGUUUAUAAAUUUAUAUACAGUGUAUUUAUUUAUAAAAAAAAAAUUCUGUUUAUAGUAAGUAGAAAGAAAUUUAUAGAUCUGAAUCCAAUAAAAAUUUUUUU